AUGAAGGCAAGCCGGGAUAAUGAAAUUACGGAGAAGGAAAUGAUUCAAGAAGUCCAAAGACUCCUGGACGAGCUAACGAAACAUGCUAUUGGAGGGAAAGUGACGUAUAUGAACUUCUUUGACAAUACAUUAACUGGCUGGUGGGAUGCAUAUUACGAUACCAACUACGAAAAGCGCCGGCAGCUGAAGGACAUAUAUAAUUUCCAAAAUUUCUUCGAGUAUCAGCAAAGUAUUCGAAAAGCCAGCAGCGAUCAUCCAGAAAUACCUGCUGUACCAUCAUGCAGUGCUAAAGUCGAUAAGCGGGAAGUGGAUGAGAAGAAAGAUUUUCUCGAAGAUGUCGAAAGGGAUACCACGCAGAUUGAGAAAUCAUUGUUUCAAGAUGCCCCCGCUCAAUCAGCAAGCGAUUUGGGAUACGGCGGUCUUCGGUGUCUUUGA